AGCCGGAGUUUUGCUCUGCACUCUGCACCGCGCCGCCGCUCCAACUCCAAUCGCUCGCCGCCGGAUCUGCCCAUGGAGUUCCGCUUCCGCGCGGGGGACCGCGGGCCGCCGGGAUCCUCCCCGCCCGCCCCCGGAGGCUCCCCGCCGGCGCGGUUCUCCCGCCCCCGCGACGGCUGCACCGGUGCCGGCGCGCAAGGGCCUUCGCCUUUGCCGCGGCCGGUCGACUGGGAGGCGGAGCGGCGAGAGCGCCUCAUUCAGGAGGAGGUGAGGCGGCGGCUCGUCGAGGAGGAGGUGCGCCGCGAGUUCGAGGCCAGGGGCGAUCUCGCCUUCGCCCGCGCGGGUUGGGGGCCCGACCCGUUCUUCGCCCCCGGCUGCUUCGUGUCGCCGCCGCACGCGCCGAUGCCGAUGCACCCGCCCCCGUACGCGCCGCCGCCGCCGGUGCAUUUCUACGAGUUUGGUGCCUGGCAGGGGUUUGGGCCUCGCCGGCACGCGGGGUCUGGGGAAAGGAUGCCUUUCCCCUGUGGGGCGGGGUUUGGGUCUCCGCCGCGGCAAAAGCCGCAGCAUAAGCUCAAGCUGCUUCAGAUCGAGCCCUACGGGAGACCUGAGUUCAAUAUACAUGCUCAAUAUAGAUAUAGAGGAAGUAGAAGAUAUAUCAUCAAGUCAUGCGUUCCAAGGAUGAAGAGGAAAGAAGAUGCAAAUGCUGCAGCUACCGUACCAAAGAAAGUACAGAAACUAGCCAAGGACUGGAGCUGUGCACUAUGCCAGGUCAGUGCAACAUGUGAAGCUGGUCUAAAUGAGCAUCUCGGAGGAAGAAAACAUAAGGCCAAGUUGGCCCUGUGUGGCGCCAGCAAGGCGAUCAAAGAUGACAAAAACUGCUCACAGAUGACCACUGGGAAUAAGAACAGCACAGAUCCUUGUGAUGCACCUAAGAAAAUAUGCUUGCUAGUAGACGGUGAAGUGCAUGAAGUUUUUCGGAAGAACAACUAUCUGUGGUGUGAUCGCUGCAGAGUCAGGUGUGAUAGCAACGUCAUCAUGACUGGCCAUCUGCGGAGCAAGAAGCAUAGUAAAUUAAACAAGGUCUGGGCAUCGAUAAGGGCUGUGAGGACAAAUACCGAUACUAAGGAAGGUUUGGCUACUAGUGGAAGUCAGGUAAAUACAAACGACUCUACUGAAAUUCCAGCGGUAAUUGAAGGCGACAUAAAUAUAUCCACCGGAGUAGAUGAAAGCGGCCCUGUAGAAAAUCCGGCUGGGAAAGCGAUCACAAGCAUCGCCACCGAGGUAGAAAUUCCAGUGGUAAUUGAAGGCGACAUAAAUAUGACCGGUGAAGUAGAGGAAAGUAGCCCUGUAGAAAAUCCAGCCAUGAAAGCGAUCACAAGCAUCGCCACCGAAGUAGAAAGUAUAGCCAUGGCUACCAAAGUACUUGAAAAUAACCCUGUGGAAACUCCAGUUGGAGCAAAGAAGGAAAGCACAGACAUGACAAAUGAUGUGUGAGAAGUCGUGCCAAAGGGGGAGUAACAGUAUACCUGCUCUUUACCCAAGCUUCUUGCUUCUACCCUUUCAUUGGACAUCAUCCUAUCGUGGAACUUAUGCUUAGCUCAGUUUCAUCAUCAGAUUUGGGGUUCUCUCUUACCAUCCACAUGUAGUUUAUAGGGUAACAAUAAUGCAUAUGGGCAAUGUGUUAAGUUUCUUAGAUACUGGUAAUCAAGGUAGGAAUCUUAUAAGUCUAUGAAUCCAGUGCCAUACAUGGCUUCUAAGGUAUCUAACUUGAUUACCAGUGUCUAAACAACUUUCCAUGAGAAACAUUGCUCCCUAGAAGUAUGUGUUAUUGUUACUCUUUGGACAUGUCUUUGACAUGGAGAUUAAACUUUUAUGUAGAAUGCCCUGCUGCCACUGUGGUACUUGUAUCCAGUUCUUAUUGUUGUCCUCUGUUCACGUGUAAUGUGCUGAGGUGAGAUGGGUUGAGCUGGUGAUGAGUAGGGUUUUUCUUGGUGCUAACCUGACUCUAGUUUGUAUUUUACAUAGGUCUUUUAGGUGUCUGGGCUCAGGUUUACUUCUGCAUAGGUUGUGUGGAAAUUUGUUCGUUCGAGUAGUUGUAGCAUGUACAAUAGCAGUUUCGAAAAGAGUGUACAACCAGCAAUAUAUAGAGAUUAGAGCAUAUAGACUAUCCAAGCGUCGUAAUGAAGGGAGAAAAUGGCAGAUAUGAAAUAUCAGGCAAACAUGUUCCUAAAGUUGUAAAAUCCAUUUACAUGAGGUGUAGGUUUUGAUGAUCCUUAGCUUGAUUUAUUGCGUUCGUGAAGGUUGUGAUCCACAUCCAUGCCAAAAUUCAGUAUCAAAUAAAAUGUUACUUGUGAGAUAUUUGGUACUGAAAGUUUGCAUUGAUGUGGAAUAUGGCCUUCCCGAGCACCAUAAAUUGUUUUGGAGGUGAUCUUUGAAACUUCUGCACCGAGUAAUCAUGGAAUUUGCGACUUCAGACCAUUUUUGCUGGAUAUGCUCUCUCGACGGGUUUGUCGAUAGCAGCUUAGCGUAGGUGUUGCUGGAAGAACGCAAUAAAUCACGGGAGAUAAAAAAAACCAGUGAAUUCUGUUUAGUUCUGUAGUGCUGCUGUUUAUUUCUGUUAGGCAAGAGUUCUGGUAUCUCAGCAUUGCUCAGCUGUUCUACCUGGUCCAGCGGAUGUAUACCCCAAAUAGACCAGGUAGAACGGAGAACAGCUGAGCCACCAGAUGCAUGUAGGGUAUUCAAGCAUUCUGAAGAAGAGAGAAUGGCAGAUAUGAAUACCAGUGAAGACACUCCUAAAAGUUUGAAAUUCAUGAAAAUGUCGUUGACUGAUUUAGUGUCUGGGAAUGUUGUGAGUCAUAUCCAUGGCAGAAGUUCUAUGAAAUAAUGUGAGAUACUGGUAGUGAAAUUUUGCAUUGAUGUAGAAUAUGGCCUUCAUAGGUGAUUAUUCAUGGGAUUUUGCGACUUCAUAUCAUUUUUGUUGGAUAUGCCCUGGACAGAUUUGCCCGCAGGAGCAUAGCUCAGGACCUCAGGUGUUGCCUGUAGAUCAUGGUAGGUCAGAAACCCAGUGAACGGCAUGGCAAUCUUGCAGCCAUGGAUCAGUCCAUGAUGAGUUCCAGUGUCUCAACAUUGCUCAGCUUUUCUACCUGGUCCUGCUUGAAUUCCGGAUCGUCAUAAUCUGUACCCCAAAAAGAUCCAGUGUUACGGCUUGUGUAUCUUCUGAAAUAAUCUGGACCCUUGUCUGCCCUACUAGCUUGUGCUUGCUCAGAAUGUUCUAAACUGAGUCUGCUUUGGAAUUUAUUUACUACUCCCUCCGUUUUCAAAUAUAAGACCUUUUAGAGAUUUCACUAUGAACUAAAUACGGAUGUAUGUAGUUCAUAAUAAAAUCUCUAAAUUGUCUUAUAUUUAGAAACCGAGGGAGUAGUUGUUUUAAGUGUUAGGGCUCAGGUUUACUUCUGCAUAUGUGGUGCAGAAGUUGUUCUUUCUUAGUGGUUACAGCAUGUACUGGCCAAUAGCUGUUCCAAAAAGAGUUUACUCACCAGUAUAAUCUAUGAAGGUAUAUACAGUGUUGUAACAUUCCAUGAAAAUGAAGCGUAUAUACAGUGUUGUAACUUUCCAUGAAAA